AUGUCAAGUCCAGAGGCUGCACCAGGUCCCUCCAACCCCACAGAGAGCAAUCCCUCAGCUUCUUCGAGCCGCAAAUCCAGCCGCAGCAAGAAGAGCUUUCAAAAUGCCACAGAACCAGCAGCUGGCCCGUCCAGCUCUACCCGCCGAUCGAAGAGGAAUGCUGGCAACGUAGAUCAGGAAGACGUCACCAUGGGCGGCACAGACGAGAACGAGAAGGAUUACAUACCUCCGCCGCCUCCGCCUCCCGAAGGUCACCCAGCAGCCGACGACAGCGAAGAGAACGACGAAGAUGAUGCCCACCGCUACGACGGUGACGAUGAUGACGAUCCGUUUGGGGGAUUUGGAGGCCCCGGCCGCGGUCUCAGCAGCACUCUCGCAGCUCUAACAGGCAUAAUGCCAGGAUUGUCGUCAAGGCUUAGACAUGUGUUAACGAACCUUCGGCAAAAGGAGGACCCUACACUCCAACUCAUCGCCUUGCAAGAACUUUCUGAGAUUCUCCUCGUCUCGAACGAGGACAACUUGGCAGGCCAUUUCGUGCCUGAUGCUUUUGUCAAGGAGCUUGUCCCGCUGAUGCAGCCGGAUGACUUCAUGGAGGCGAACCCCGAGAUCAUGCUACUUGCCUGCCGCUGCCUCGCCAAUCUGAUGGAAGCGCUUCCAGCCAGCGUGGCCAACGUUGCGUGCGGCGGUGCCGUUCCUGUUCUUUGCGCAAAGCUCCGGGAUAUCGAAUUCAUCGAUCUCGCAGAGCAAGCGCUAAGCACGCUGGAGAAGAUCUCACUCGACUACCCGGGCCUUAUUGUGAAGAACGGCGGCCUUGCAGCGUGCCUGGAGUAUUUGGACUUCUUUGCGACGAGCACACAACGCACCGCAGUGACGACCGCAGCCAAUUGUUGCCGCAAUAUUGAUGCAGCCAAUUUCGAGGUAGUUCAGGAUGCCAUGCGAAUCUUGCGCGACGUCCUCAAGAGUAGCGAUCAGAGAGUCGUGGAGCAGGCUUCAUUGUGCGUCUCUCGCAUCGUGGAUAGCUUCACGGCUAAGCGUCCUUCGAAGUUGGAGGCACUCAUCAGCACCGAUCUGCUUCAGUCUAUCCUUCGUCUUCUACUGCCAGGCACGACGAACCUCAUCGGUCCCAAUAUCCAUACCCAGUUCUUGCGUGUGUUGGCAAAUACCGCGAGGGCGAGCCCUCGUCUGUCGGCCGAGUUGUUCAAGAUGAACGUUGUCGAGACCUUGUACCAGAUCCUGACAGGAGUUUCUCCUCCCAACGGCACUGAUGACGUCGCUUCAAAGUUGGACAGUGUGCUUAUCAUGCAAGCACUUAUUCACCGACCGAGAGAGCAGAUUAUCGAGACCCUGAACGUCAUUUGUGAACUCCUGCCCAAGAUUCCCGAGCCAACUCCUGCAGAAAACAUCAUGUCUGCAACCCACAGUUCCCGCAGGGACAUGGACGACAAGCGAAUCGAGCUUUUGGAGACGUGCAAGGAUGAGGUCCGACGUUUUGCGCUUAUCCUCUUCCCUACCUUGACGGAUGCUUUCUCCAGCACGGUGAAUUUGGAGGUUCGCCAGAAGGUCCUUCUCGCGCAACUCAAGAUGCUGUCCAACCUGGAUAUUCAGAUCUUGAUCGACGCCCUGAAGCCUGUGCCGUACGCUUCUUUCCUCGCAUCCAUUCUAUCUCAGCAGGAUCACCCUUCCCUUGUCUUUGCCGCGCUGCAAGCCACGGAGCUUCUGAUGCGCCGUUUGGACCAUAUUUACAGAUACCAACUUUACCGUGAAGGCGUCAUUGCUGAGAUCACCAAACUCUCUACAGAGGAGCAAGAUUUGGAAGACAAGGCCGGUAGUAGCGAUACCCACGACCCUGGUCUGGAGAGACGCUCUUCUGCUGGUUCUGGGGAUCAAUCAUCAGAUCAGGACUCUUCGGAUGAUGAUGCGGACGAAGACGAGAAUGAGGACGGUGACGGUGACGGCGAAGAUGGAGACGGCUCUCAUCAUUCGUCAGAGGACGAAAACGAUGAGAAUGAUCAUGAUCAUGAUGCUGACGAUUCACCCGCCUCGCCCAGUUCAGCAGGCUCAACCAUGUCAAUUGACAGACCUUUGAGAUCGAGUGGCAUUGAUAAAGAUGUGCCUCGAUCUCGAAUUAUCGACUUCGCGAAGAAGUUCCUCGAAACUCACGAGACUGAGAAGCACGGGAAAGCGAUGAAGAAGAAGGCAGCCAAGAUUCUCGAAGAGCUAUCAUCUUUGGCAACUGAUAUCGAGUCUUUCUACUUGCGGCCGACAUUAGGAAUUGUUACUCAGGAUAGCGGGACACAGCUUUUCACAAGGCUCGCCUCCUUUUUCGAUUCAGACGUUCUGGAGAGUGUCACGAGCGCUGAGUUGCUGGCAUCCGGUGUCGUCCGGGUAUUGGAAGAAGUGUUCAACAAUCCGGAUGAGAAGUUGGCCAUUGCGGCACAGUCCGCAUUCCUCGAAGUCUUCAUGGGAUAUUCCGUGAAGUCCAGACCCAAGACAGCUACUGCCGAUUCGCCUGCGACACCCUUCAGCGUUAUGAUCCACAAGCUGCAAGAUCUUCUAAGCCGAUCCGAGCACUUCGAGGUGGUGACAGUGCAUCCUCAUAACAGCUACGACGGUAGCCGUAGUAAUGCUGCAUCUAUGUUGGCAAAGCAGAUUAGGUUGAAGCUUGUUGCUGACGACGACUCUGGCAUUCCCCGCCCUUAUCGUAACAUCAUGGUGUCCAUUCACGCUAUUGCGACAUUCAAAUCUCUCGACGAUUAUUUGCGCCCGCGUAUCAGCCUGUCUGAACGCCCACGUGGCUCUCGAAACCGCGAGGGUCUAUCCAGAGCGCUCGCAGCCAUGGCAGGAUCAGCCGGAUUACCUCUUAGUGCUGCCGCUGCUCACUUGGCCGAUCGUCCCCCUCCGUCGAUGAUGGGCGGUUCAACCCCGCCGCCCCCUAUGCCUCCCCAAGCAUCAGGGUCAAGAUCUUCCCGUAAGGCAAAGUCCAGAUCACAACCGCAGGCUGAGGUUCCAGCUACACCCGAACCAGUUUCUUCAGCGUCCCGAGAGAAGGGCGUGCUGCGUCGAACUACUCGUCGUCAGCCUACCCUAGCCGAUACCCCACCGCCGCGCCCUCCUCCUGAUGAUGAGGAUAACCUGGACAAUGCACUAGAGUGUGCUGAUGAGAAACAUCUGACCGAUGAAGACGAGCUUGGUGAAAGCAGUGCACUUGAUGCCAUUGUUGGAGAUCUCGACGAGGACAUGGAUGACGCGCCUGUGCCAGACCCCGGAGCUGUUAACCUCGAGGUUGCUGCUGGAGGGAAGAUCACGGCGCGUAAGGAAGAUGGAACACGUGUGCCCACUCCAUCCCAAGGCAACUCCGGUCUCCCCAGCCGUACCAGCGCGCUCACGGCUGCUUUGCAAGGUACCCCUACUCCGGCUGCCGCAUCUCGCCCAAUGAGUUACGCUGCUGCAAUUCAAGCCAUACCGCAAGAUUGGCACAUUGAAUUCAGCUAUGAUGGCAAGGUUCUCAGCAACGAUACCACUGUGUAUCGCGCUGUGCAGAGUCAGGGCUUAGGUGACCAUCCGAGCCGAAAUGUGUGGUCUGCUCAGCAUGAGAUCAAGGUCCGUAGAGUACCUGGACCGCCGCCGACUGAGCCAAUCUCAUCGAUCUCUUCCCUUGGUGCAGGGGCGGAUUCUGGAGAUAGCAGCAUUCCUGCUUCUCUGGCUAACCACCCCACGACAGCGUCAAUCCUACGACUUUUGAAGAUGCUUCAUGACCUCAACGCAAACAUCGACGAUGUUCUAGUGGAGAACAUAGCUGCUUUGAAGCUGAACGUGGAACCGUUGUCGCAGUUUGUAAAUACGAAGUUGACAGCGAAGCUCAACCGACAGCUUGAGGAACCGCUGAUUGUCGCAAGCAACUGUCUUCCCAGCUGGAGCGAGGACCUUGCCAGGCUGUAUCCUUUCCUCUUUCCUUUUGAGACCCGCCACUUGUUCCUACAAUCCACAUCAUUUGGCUACGCGCGAUCUAUGACCCGGUGGCAGAACGCUCAGCCCCAAGAGGAGAGCAGGCGAGCCCGUGAUAACCAACCAUUCCUUGGCCGCCUACAGCGUCAGAAGGUCCGCAUCUCGCGCUCUAAGAUACUCGAGUCGGCCUUGAAGGUGAUGGAGCUCUAUGGGGCCUCUCAAAGCAUUCUAGAAGUCGAGUAUUUCGAGGAGGUUGGCACUGGUCUAGGGCCAACCUUGGAGUUCUACUCCACAGUAUCCAAGGAGUUCUCAAAGAAGAAGCUUAGACUUUGGCGAGAUACUGACCAUCACGAAUCUGACGAAUUUGUAUCCGGACCCAGUGGCCUGUUCCCUCGGCCCAUGAGCGAGGACGACGCACUGUCUCCCAAUGGCGAGCGCAUCAUGCAGCUCUUCAAGAUGCUCGGAAAGUUCGUCGCCAGGUCCAUGAUUGACUCCCGUAUCAUUGACAUCAACUUCAACCCUAUUUUCUUCCGCAUUGGAGACGAGUCCUCUGGUAUUCGGCCUUCGCUUGGAGCAAUGAAAAUUGUUGACCCUGUUCUUGCACGUUCUUUGCUGCUGGUGAAGAAGUUCGCAUUGGCCAAGAAGGAGAUCACCGAGGAUCCCGACCGAAAUGCCGCACAAAAGGUUGCAGAUACCGAGAACAUCGUCAUCGACAACGGUAUCCGAAUUGAGGAUCUGGCUUUGGAUUUCACCUUACCCGGAUACCCGGAGAUCGAGCUCAUCCCGAACGGUUCUCAAAUCAUGCUCAUGCUCGAUAACGUCGAUUUGUAUCUAGAGAAAGUCAUUGACAUGACUCUUGGAACCGGUGUACGACGACAGGUGGAUGCAUUCCGAGCUGGCUUCUCCCAGGUGUUCCCGUACUCGGCCCUCAGCGCUUUCACUCCAGACGAGUUGGUGACUCUGUUCGGCCGUGUCGAUGAAGAUUGGUCGCUUGAAACUCUUAUGGAUAGCGUCAAGGCCGACCACGGCUACAAUAUGGACAGCAAGAGCGUGAGGAACCUCCUUCAGACAAUGUGUGAGCUUUCUGCUGCACAGAGACGCGACUUCCUGCAAUUCACCACUGGCAGCCCCAAGCUUCCCAUUGGAGGCUUUAGGAGCUUAACGCCAAUGUUCACGGUGGUCUGCAAACCCAGUGAGCCACCGUACACCUCGGAUGACUACUUGCCCAGUGUCAUGACCUGCGUCAACUACCUCAAAUUACCCGACUACACCGAUAUCGACAUCAUGAAGAAGAGACUCUUCACAGCCAUCAAGGAGGGCCAGGGCGCCUUCCACCUCUCGUAG